AUGUUCGAGGAUGAUUGGGAUUUGGACGCCUACCACGAGGAUAUCAGGACAGCCUACCACCAACUACGGGUCAUCUAUCCAUCUCUUGGACCAUUCCGGGCUCCUAGGGCGAAUGACUCGGAAACAGUGAAGAGUAUAUUCGACAACCUGCGCGAGUUCAUGUGCAGUUGUCCUAUACUAUUCCCAGAAUUCGUCGACUGGGAGAAAGAAUGUCUGAAAGGGACAAGAAACGGAAAGGAAAACAACCAGGACACUGGGAAAUUGAAGCGGAUGAUAGAUCCCUUGAUAUCGUUGUCGCAUAGCUUAAAACGAAAGUUGGAAGAAGCGCAAAAUGAUUAUGAUGAUCUAGGGGAGAUCUUCAAUCAUUUCAAUGGCGAGGUAUACGACGACAAGGGUGUAAAUAGCUGGAUCAAGGAUCCAAGUGCUGUGAACCCUCCUACUCCUACAAGCAAUAGAACUCGAAACAAUUCAACAAAAAGCUCAAGCUCGAAGCGAUCCAGUGACGAAUUUAAGGAGACUACUUCGCCCAAGAAAGCUAAAGUCACCCCGCCAAAGACUACUCCAUUGCAGAUUAAUCCUUUCGUUUCUCGUCCAUUCACCAAGACCACUUCGGAACCAAAGGCAAUCUUAAAUGAUCAUCGCCCAGCCUUUCACAGAAAUGCCGUAUUCCCGGGAAUUCUCCCACGUACUUAUUCAACCUCGACACAGUCAACCGAAUAUGUCGAAGAAUCGCUUACAUUGUCACGGGAAACAUCGUCCACAACCCUUACAUCUGUGACUCCGUCAACAUCUGUUUCUAUUAUCCCCGCUGCUCUGCCAACUCGACCAGCUAGUCUUCCGAUCCCACAAGCAGGAUGUCAAAAUGGCCAAUCACCAGCUAUCGAGGUGACUACCAGCAGAUAUACGGCAAUGCUAAAUAAGCUAAAAGUCAAAUUUCACUUCCAAUGGGAAUUAGAGCGAAUGAUCUCCCAGCACGAAACCCUGACCUGGGAUCAGAUCGAGAUUGGGGAUCUUCAUGAAUUCAGAGGUCAAUCGUCUUUGGACAUGGUACAUCUGGUAGACGAGAUAUUACGAAGAGCUGAAACAAGACUCCUGGAAUCUGAUCCAAUUGAUGCUACUCGACGAGAAAUUUCGGAGAGAAAGGCGAUGCUUCUCACAGAGGUUGACAGGGAGGAAGAUUCGAUCUGGGCCAACGAUCUUCGAGGAGUAGGGAACGAGAGUUUUGACUGGCCAUAUGGAGGCAAGAUACAGUAUACUCUGUCUGUACAACUGGCAUCUCGGGGCGAGGAAUGCACUGAACUGCUAUCAGAGCAUAUCUCCCCAAGUCAAGCUAAUAACCCAUAUCGUGUUCGAAGAUCUUUCGAACGGAAUCAUUCGGCUCCAAGUGGGUCUACACGAAAUCACUGCAAUCCUCCUCAUACACAUGUAGACACAAUAACGACAUUUCCAGAGACCCGAUCAUUCCCUUUCAAAUUCGAACUUCGACCACCUGAAAUGCCCGGAAAGUCCUUUAGACUGGCUAGAAGAUUCGGUUCGAGAAGAUGUAUCAGUCUGAAAACCAAAGAUAUACCUCUUGGUACACGAAAAGAAUUGCAGGAUAUGCUGGUUGGUAGACGCUUGAUCAUCCUUGGUCGACCCUACCGAGCAUUUUGGGCGACUGCGGAUGGGGAGAAUGUUAUGUUGAUCGAAAUGCCAGAAGAGGGUAGUGGAAUAGUGACGAAGGGACGAGAGGAUGAAUCUAAGAUGCCUAGCUUUCAGGAAUUGCUAUACCGAUAUAACGACUUGAACCGAAAACCUAAUCAGGCAAUGGCCAAAUGGGCCGCUCGUCCUCAGAUCCUGUUCUCUGACUCAGUACCUGCCACUAAAGUUCAGUUGUCGGAAAUCCAAGAGGGUCCUGAUAUUGUUGCACAGAGUGCUCAACUGCAAGAAGAUCCUACGACGGAGGAGAUUCUAACUGAUGGCUGUGGUCUGAUGUCGGAAAGCCUAGCUUUACGUAUAUACCAGCACCCUUCACUUACCCUGCUAAAUGGACGCCCCUCAGUGGUACAAAUGCGUGUAGGCGGAUCAAAAGGUCUUUUAGCACUCAUGUCACCCAGACAAGCCACUCAAUACCCUAUAAAGGAAAUCCUACUUCGGGAUUCGAUGAUCAAAGCGCUUUCUGCCUCGAAUUACGAGAAUGACCCAUCCCUAUUAACUGUAGAUGUUUUAAAAUGCGAGGCUCUCAAGAUCGGUGCGAGCAUCUCUUCGGAAGCAAUAAUAGCAAUGGUACAUAAUGGGGUACCGGCUCAAGUUUUCGUAAAGAUGGCCGAGCACGAACUGGACGCGUUGCGAGAUGCGUUCUUGCCGAGUCAGUUAGAAGGAGAAUCAGAAGAUGACAUGUUCAUAAGGAUCUACACAAGCUGUUAUGGCAUCGGAGGGGUAGGAAUGGACAAGAAAAAGAGGAUGGCUAGGAAAGAAGGCAAAUCCAUGCGAGCUGCUGGUUUAGCUAAAGGACACUGGACAGAUGAAGCUGGUAACGACGAUGACGAGGAUGGUAAUCCUAUGACUGUUAAUGCUGCUGAGCGAUUCGAUGUCGAUCCGAUAAGUGGUCAACCGAAUAGUCUGUGUGAAGCACUGAUGGAAGCUGUUGCCUCCGGAUUUAAUCCUGCUACCUCACCAUACACCGCUUCGAAGCUUCAUCACGUAAUGGAGAACUUGUCGAAGAAGAUUGUGCGAGAAUUCAAGAUACCCGUACAACAAUCCUUGACAGCAUUCAUCGUACCCGAUUCUCUCCAGCUCUUAGCCCCUGAUGAGCUGUUCAUCUGCUUCUCAGGGAAAGGGCCGAUCGACGAAAGCACUCAAAUUCCAAUACCUUACCUUGAAGGUGAAGUCUUAGCGUACCGAUCGCCGUGUAAAGUUCCUACCGAUGUCAGAAGAUUGAAAGCGGUAUUCAAGCCUGAAUUGACGUACCUGAAAGAUUGUAUUGUCCUAUCUGCAAAUAGCCAACUGUGUAAACGAUCUCCAGCGAGUUAUUUAGGUGGCGGAGAUUACGAUGGCGAUACAGUCACCUUAUUCUGGAAUCAAGAUCUGGUCCAACCGUUCAAGAAUGCUGAUGAUCAUUUCGCGGAAACUCCUGAAAACUUCGUAGAAGAAAACUUUGACAAGUCGGUCACGAAAGGUACAGAGUUCCUGGAAAGCAUAGAAGGAUUGAGUGAAGAUGAGAAAAUAGCAAGGAUGCAGGAGUGGUUGAUUGGUGGAGUGACAGGUGACGAGUUGACUGGUAUUUAUUCUGGUCUACAUGAAAACGCCGUGUACACAUUAGGUUAUUCUCAUCCGGAAACAAUCAGACUAGCAAGAAUGUUCUGCCAUGUGCUAGAUGCUCGUAAAUCCGGCUUGAGAGUGAAACCGGAAAAGCUCAGAGAGGAUAAGAAAAGAUAUGGAGGUGAUUUAGAAUGGAAAUUAUGGAAAAAGGGGGAUGAGGCAGAGAGGAUCAGGAAUGUGAACCUCCUAAGGCGAGAAAAAGGACUAGGUAGCUUUAUUAUGGAUAAGCUAAAAACCCAAGGCGAAGCACAUCGCACGAGAAUGAUGGGUUCUUUUGUCCUGAAGCCCGAGACUUUAAACGAUGAAGAUUUUAAAGGACUCGCUAAAUUAUGGGAAGACGUAAAGCGAGAUCCAUUGAUGAAAUAUAUCCCUAAUUGGCAAGACCAGAUUGACCGAAUGGAAAUACAUGUAAGAACAUGCUCGGACAUCAGACAACUCAUCAUUCAAGGUCGUUGUGGAGAUGUACAACAGACAUAUCAGGACAUCCUCGAGGGAAAGACUCCGAUAACCAAGAACCGACCUGGAACCGGAACAUAUAGUCCUACCAAACAACAGAAAAUCGAAAGUUCCGAAUCGACCUUAGAGAGAUUGGCGAAGAUCAGACAAUUAGCGCUGACAUGGAAAGAGAAUCCUGGGGUUCACGGUGCUCCGCUGUUACUCCGCUGGAAUGUCAGUGAGCUGAAAUUGAGUUGUCUGGCUGGGAUGGUAGUAGGGAAGAAACCGGCUCAGACAUGUCCGUUCGAUCUUGAUUAUACGGGCUUCUGCGCUAUGCAAGCCAAGUCGAACGGUAGGAACUUUAGAGUGACCUUGGCUGCCAUCCACGAGGACAUGAAACCCUCAAACAAAAUCCGAACGACAUCUUGA